GGUAAUUUUCGUUACAGUUCAAGUCAAAGUGAAUUUUAUCUGGAAUAAAAUGGUUAUAAUAAUAUCAAAUAUUGAUCAAUCAUCAUAAAUUGAUAUCUACCAUUGUUAUUCUUACUGAUUGGAUUGAGAAUAAAUCAUGGGUGAUAAAGAAGAUGUUGAUACUCGUUUGGAGUUCAUGAGCGAAUAUAUUCUCAAAGCACUAAAGCAAAAAGUUGAGAAAUGGACAAAGUUUAUUACAGGAGACGAAAGACACGUUCUAUUCCGAUACUUCGACCUACCGAAGUACGACAUUAUAGUGUUCCGCAUGAACACGGCAGGCCUGCUGACAUGCGCUACCAGUUUCCCCCCCAUCAGCAGGGGGAAAAUGAUCUAUUUCCUGCGGAAUUCUGAUGAGAAGAUUACUCAAGCUAAUUUUCGUACGAUCACCACGAUCGGCGAGUUAUCCGGCAACGUGCUGAUGGACAUCAGCCUGAUGGCCGACGAGGUGAUAGGCCCGCUGCUGUGCAACCCGGAGAACCAGCGCGGCUGGCCCAAGAUCGUCCGCAACGACAUGCAGCGCCACAUCAACGAGCUCAGGAACUUGAUGCACCAGCUCAAAGGUGAAAUGUCUAGCCAAGUUAUGUUGCCGAUGCCUGCAGGAGUAGAAAACAUUUACCAUGCUGAAUCUCGAUUGAGAGAAAGUGAUGGAGAAGACGUUGACUUGUAUUUGAAGACGAAUAUAGAAGGCGCUAUUAUUAAAUGGGCCCAACAAGUACACGACUUACUUCAAGAGGAUUCUUAUAUCGCAUUCAAGAAAACCAAGUUUCCCUUGCCGAUCAUGGACAUAGACUUCUACGUGCACCGCCUGCGCAAUUUAGAAGGCAUAUACUCACAGCUGCGCGACCCGCGCGUCAAACGUAUGGCGCAUUAUUUGGAAGAUACUCGCAGCGUCUACCUUGCUUGCUUCAAGACCAUGUUGACUAAUGUCGUGGCUGCUAUUGUGGAAUGCAGAGACAUCUACAUCUAUCAAAAACCGUUGCAACUACACUUUGAAACCUUUGAGGGGACAGACUUUUCUGACGCCAAGUACCUUAUCAGACCCAUGUUUCAUUGCAUUGGUCUUCUGUGGGGAAAUUCGAGAUAUUAUUGCAGCGUGGAGAAACUUAUACCGUUACUACGAGAGGUAUGCAAUUUGGUAAUCCAACAAUGCACCAACUCUAUCGACCCCUCGUCAAUUUUUCAAGGAGAUGCUGACGAAAAUUUAAUGAAAUUGAGAAAAGCAAUGGGCAUAUUGAAACACUUCAUUGAUACGUAUGAAUUGAACCGUGAUAAAGUGCACACGUUUUUUCCUCCCGGUGUGAUGCCAGUACGCUGGUCUUUUGACUUCGAUCGCGUUUUCAUGAGGUACAACGUGUACACGAAGCGUCUUUCGAUGAUCGAGAGCAUUCUAGAAGCGACUGUUGAGAUAUUAAAACUAGAAAAGGUUGAGUUCUGCGGUCUGAGAGGGAAAACUUUGAGCACAGAAUGUAUGAAAGUUUUGGAUGACUACACUGUGAAAUAUCAACAACUUGGUAAUAUAACGUACGAUCCGGCUGACCCCGAAGAUAAUAGCUUCUUGAAAGACUAUGCUCGGCAUAUGGAUGUCCUUGAGGAUAUCGACAGAAGACUGGCGUCCCUGUUCUCUCAGGGUCUGGACGAAUGUCAUAAUUUGGAACAUUUCUUCAAGUUCUUCCAAAUAAUAGGCGACCUAUUCCACCGACCAGUUAUCAAGAACGAGUUGAAACCAAAGCUAGUGAAACUGCUAGAUUUUAUGCAUUCAAACUUGGACUGUGUCAAGGAAAUAUUUGACGAGGAGAUAGCGAAACUAACAAAAGGUCCAGAGAGGCCAAUGGUGGAUCCAUAUCUACCGCCCAUUGGUGGCGUUUUAUGGUGGGUCUAUAAACUUCGUAGACGACUUCAGAGUCCAAUGGAAGAGUUCAUUCUCUUUGAAGAUCCUAUAAUAGAGACAGAGUAUGCUGUGUACAUGAAACAAAAGCACAACGAGAUGCUGCUAUACUUGAAUCAAUUGGAAGACCGCCAGUUCAAGGCAUGGUGCGCGACUGUCCCGGGGAUAUGCAAGCUUCAUCUCGCCAAGAACCUUAUUUAUCGAGAUCCGCCGUUUGUUAGGAAUAAUUUUAGUCCUGAGUUGGUGAUGUUGUUACGUGAGAUCCGGUACAUGAAGUACUUGGAUAAGCAAGGUAUUCCACCAGAUGGUCUGGAGCUGUAUGCUCGCAAUGAAAAAUUACAGUAUGACAUGAAUCGCCUGAAUCGCGCCAUCGCGUGGUACAACGCAAUCCGUGAAGGCAGUCAUGAAACGGAGGUGGCUCUCAUUGAAAAGGAGAUCUCUGCUAUUGACACUCUCCUCGGGCGAGGUGUAGAAGAACUAACGUGGAAUGAUGAUUUCACCGACUGGAUGGCAGAAGUAUACGCGGCCAUCAACACUUUGCAAGAGCGUGUGCUCACGGCGCAGAACAACGUCAAACGUGGCCUGGCGAACAUUGCGGCCUGGGGCGACAAGCCUCUACAUAACCGCAAGGAAAAUCUUGACAAGAUGGAGUUACUUGCUGUUGUUGAAAGACAUCCCAGAUUCGUACGCAGGUAA